AUGAUUUCAUCAUUCAGGAAACUCCUGAUACCUAUCCUAGCGGCUAUGCAUACGCAGGUAUGCAUAGCCGAUGAGGUGGGGGAAGCAGGCCACGGUCUCAUCGGCUAUGGUAUCACAAUGUACCAGCCCCUCUGCGCCUACUCGUGCCGCGUUGUGCUCUCCGGCAGCGCACUGAAUUGCAGCACGAUGGUUGUCGAGGGUGGCCUACCAAUGCCUCGAACCUCCCCUGAGUGCUUCGCGACUGACGAUGCCUUCCUAACAUCCAUGGCCCUUUGCCUGCAAUCACGUUGCACCGACCUUCCCGCAUGGAAGAUUGAGAAGUACUGGCACAAGACUGAAGCGAGCAUCCGGAAUAGUCAUAGACGGCUUGAUGAACCUGGAGUUCAUGUUGUUGCGAAGCCUCCGGUUCCAAAGUGGACUUACCAGCAGGCCCUCGCCCAGAUUCAGGGCAACGUUACCUCGACUUUGGCAUAUGGAGAGCCCCUCAAUCGGACAUUUUUGGUUGCCGACUUCCAGUACCAGCUACAGUAUGAUACAAUGGAAAUGUUUGAGAGAAUGGAAACCCAUCAUGAAAAAUAUGGAUUGGUGCUCAUCACUCUGGGAGUCAUUGUUCCCAUUGCAAGCUCUUGGCUCCGCUUCCUCCCAUUGCCCAAGCUAUUCAAAGCCAAAGUCAACGCCGCUAUCAUAGACCCGCCCUUGUUCGGCAGCCGCCACCAAGCGCCCUAUUUCAACAUGUUCAUCAUGCCAACGCGUGGCCAGGCGAUGCUCAUAGCGUAUGUCGUGGUCCUCAACUUCGUACUCAGUGGAGUAGAUAUUCAGUCAGCUCAGCCUAAUGCAUGGUGGUGGGGCAAUCAGUUACAGGAAGUCCUUACCUCUGUCGCCAACCGCACUGGUGUUCUCAGCUUCGCGAACGUGCCAUUGCUCAUCCUAUAUGCCGGCAGAAACAACUUUCUGUACUGGCUGACCGACUGGACACAGUCGACAUUCAUGGUGAUGCAUCGUUGGACUGCAUACCUUUGCACGCUUCAAGCUAUCAUGCACUCUAUCAUAUGGCUUCGCAUAUAUGUCGUCUUAGGAUGGCAUGAUAGCGAAUCGAAGCUUGCUUACUGGGUGUGGGGUGCCAUCGCAACGCUUGCGAUGAGCCUGCUACUCCCAGCGUCAGCCAUUCCCUUCCGUGCCAAGAUGUACGAGAUGUUCUUCUUUUGGCACAUCGUACUGGCUGUCUUCUCGGUGGUAGGUUGCUACCUGCAUAUUAUAUACCGCUUCAAUCAUCAAUGGGGAUACGAGAUUUGGAUGUACAUCGCCAUUGCAGUCUGGGGAUUCGACCGCGUUGCCAGACUUGCCAGGAUGGCCAGAAAUGGCUGGCGGCAAGCCGUUGUCACAGUCAUUGACGACGAAUACGUCCAGGUUGACAUAGAAGGGGCAAAGGGUCACGGACACGCCUAUCUCUACUUCCCGACGCUAACGUGGAGAAUCUGGGAAAGUCAUCCCUUCUCCAUCAUGGGAACUAGAGUGAGACCUGCGGAUCCUCCGCGAUCAUCCUCGGGAAGCUCAACCGAGAAGUCACUGGGGUCGACAUCCAAGCUUGCCAGCACCACAGCCGCCGAUGUGGUCAUCAUCCACGAACCGCCUCAUGUUGGCCUUUCCUUCUUAAUCCGAACCUUUGACGGCGCCACAGGUAUGCUUCGCUAUAAGACCCGACUCCCCGUUCUCGUCGAGGCAGACUAUCUGCCGUACCCCGACUUAACCAAGUUUCAAACUCUUAUAUGCAUCGUUGGAGGUGUCGCAAUCACAGCUGUAGCACCAGCUUUACGUGCCUACCCAGGACACGCCAAGGUGUACUGGUCAUGCAGGAGUCCUGGUCUGGUCGAAAUCGUUGAUCUUGAUCGUAUUGACACGGACAUCCUGGUAGGCGAGAGGUUCAAUUUGCGCAACGUUAUGGAAGAAGAGAUUGCAAAAGCCAAGGGAGAUACGGCCGUCGUCGUCGGUGGUCCCGCAGCUAUGACUGACGAGGUGCGAUGCAUCGUCAGCAAACUAGCACUCAAGGCAGCGAUCCCUGUUACUUUGAUCGAUGAAACCUACUACUGGUAG